CAGCUCCGGGGCAGCGCCUCCCGGGACCUCCUCACCCCCGCGGCCGAGCGGAGCUGAGCGCGGCCCCAGCGCCUGCGCCCCUGCGGAGGAGGGCGGGGAGGAAUCCGGCCCCACGGGAGCCCCCUCCCGUCCUCGCAGGGGGCUGCCCUGGGCCCUGCUCUAACGCCUCCGGCGUCGGGAACCGGCCCGAAAGAGAGGGAGAAACUCGCGCGUCCCCGCCCGCACAUCCCCGCCCGCGGCGCAUCCGCCCGCCCUCCCGGUCCUGCGCGCCCCCCCCUCGGGGGCUCGGGGCCGGCCCCGGCUGGAAGAUUUCCCCGCUCGCUUCCCUUCGGAGGGUUUUGUCGCCUAGCCGUGCGCCGAGGGGAGGCACCGUCCCUAAGGCACCCUGCCUCACCCUGCGGGGGAAGGGAGCUGGGUGGGGGCAAGCCAGGAAGGGAGGAUCUCAGCGGCUCUCCUAAAAAUCUCUCGGCAGGCUGCGAGGAAGGGAGAGUUUGGCACUUGGCGGGCGAGGCUGCGCUUGUUUUCCCCGGUGGUGAUGUCGCUGGACUGAGAGCGGCGCGGCCGUGAGAGUUGCGGGGACAGAGCCCUCCCCAGCAUCCCCUCCACCCCCCCAGCCCCGGCGGCUGCCCCCCGCUACAUGAGAGCUGCAGGGAGGAGAGGGCGACUCGGCGCCUGCUAGGGCUGCUCCCCGCCGCCUCCCGGACUUUCCCACCCCCGCCCAGGAGAGUUACCUCGGCAGGCUCCGUGCUAUGGCGAGGCUGCGGAGAAGCAAACUAGCCGCUGGAUUUUUAUUACUUUUCCAGUGCCUGAGCGAGCGCUGCCAGCUCGCCGCCGAGGAGACGCCGAGCCAGAGCCACGGUGUGUUUUAUGAAGUUGUUCAGAGCUUCCCUCGAGUGGAGGAAAAUGUGCAAGUUGAUGCACAUGUAAGCAGCCACAGGUGGAGAAGGCACUCGGAGUCUCUCAAAUCAGUCGACACUAACAGAGCCAGCAUGGGGCAGGAUUCCUCUGAGCCAGGGGGUUUCACAGAUCUACUUCUUGAAGAGGGACAUGACAACACCACCCAGAUUGAGGAGGAUACAGAUCAUAAUUAUUAUACUUCAAGAACAUAUGGCCCAUAUGAUUCUACUAGCCGGGAUUUGUGGGUCAAUAUAGACCAAAUGGAGAAAGACAAAGUAAAGAUUCAUGGGAUCCUCUCCAAUACCCAUCGGCAAGCAGCAAGAGUAAAUCUGUCCUUCGAUUUUCCAUUUUAUGGCCAUUUUCUACGUGAAAUUACAGUGGCAACUGGGGGUUUCAUAUAUACUGGAGAAGUUGUGCAUCGAAUGUUAACAGCUACACAAUACAUUGCACCCUUAAUGGCAAAUUUUGACCCCAGUGUGUCAAGAAAUUCAACAGUCAGAUACUUUGAUAAUGGCACAGCACUAGUUGUCCAGUGGGACCAUGUCCAUCUGCAGGAUAAUUACAACCUGGGCAGUUUCACUUUUCAGGCCACCCUUCUCAAUGAUGGGCGUAUCAUUUUCGGCUACAAAGAAAUUCCUGUUGCUGUGACACAGAUAAGUUCAACCAACCACCCAGUGAAAGUGGGACUCUCAGAUGCAUUUGUGGUUGUGCACAGGAUCCAGCAAAUUCCCAAUGUCCGUAGAAGAACAAUUUAUGAAUACCACAGGGUGGAACUGCAGAUGUCAAAGAUCACCAACCUGUCAGCUGUUGAAAUGAUACCUCUUCCAACUUGUCUCCAGUUUAACAGCUGUGGUCCUUGUGUCACUGCCCAGAUUGGCUUCAACUGCAGCUGGUGCAGUAAACUCCAAAGGUGCUCCAGUGGAUUUGACCGUCACCGGCAAGACUGGGUAGACAGUGGCUGCCCUGAAGAGUCAAAAGAUAAGAUUUGCAAGAAGACUGUAGACACAACAGAAACACCUCCAUACUCCACCACAAUCCUUCAACCAACCACAACAAAGUUCAGAGUUUUAACAACCACCAGAGGAUCCACCACUUCCCAACUGCCAACUAGCUUGCCCACAGAAGAUGACACCAAGAUAGCGCUGCAUCUAAAAGAUAACGGAGCUUCCACAGAUGACAGUGCUGCAGAGAAGAAAGGUGGAACACUUCACGCUGGCUUAAUUGUUGGUAUUCUAGUCCUGGUCCUCAUUGUGGCUGCAGCCAUCCUCGUGACUGUCUAUAUGUACCAUCACCCAACAUCAGCUGCUAGUCUCUUCUUCAUAGAGCGGCGUCCGAGCAGAUGGCCAGCAAUGAAAUUCAGAAGAGGAUCAGGACAUCCUGCAUAUGCUGAAGUCGAACCAGUUGGAGAAAAAGAAGGCUUCAUUGUAUCAGAGCAAUGCUAAAAUUUUUAGGACAGAACACCAGUACUGGCCUACAGGUGUAAGACAUUUACUUUGCCUCUCUUUAAAGAAAAGGAGCCCUAAGCUGCUGUAGCCUAAUAGAAAGAAGAUUUUGGAUAAGCUUUGUCCAAGAAGAAAAACUAUCUAAGAUACCAGAUUACCACUGCACAGUAGUCUUUGUUAGUGGACUGACACACAAUGGUUCAUGCAGAACACCUGUCAGUGGACACCUAUGGUAUCAGAACUAUGGCACAAGUGCCACAUUAUUGGCUUUAGGUUUGGGGGUGCACAGUAAUCAAAAAUAUAAUAAAGCUUUGGUGCACAAGGGUAUUACCCUGUG